GCUGCAGACACGUCUCUCUGUCUCUCUGUCUCUCACUUCUAUUUCUGAGCAUUAAAAAGAAGAAGGGAGGAGAAACUCUACAAGCAAACACCCACAGAGAGGUCCUGUCCUGUUGGCUUGAAGCCCCCUCACUGCCUCCCUUUGGACUCCCCGCUGCUGUCGUCCUUUAAUCAGCAGGUACUGUCCAGCCUCAUCAAGCCCCACUGUGGAUCUUUAGCCCGUCAGGCAGGACAGUGGCAGAUCCAGAUCCAGAACCAUCGGGGACCAGACCAGCAGGCAGCAGGGCUCCAUGAGCACGACGGGGCAGCAGCAAGGGGGGGGCCUGCGUUCUCGCCGAGGCCUUGGCCGGGACAAGGACCCUGGGCAGGGCAUGGGCAUGGAGGCAGCCUGCUGGCUGGCCCCCGGAGUCCUGCGCAGGCUGAUCGAGCUGCCUUCACCCCCCCUGUCCCGACACCAGCUCAAGAGACUGGAAGAGCACAGGUACUGCAGUGCUGGACGCUCCCUGCUGGAGCCUCUGAUGCAGCGUUACUGGGAAUGGUUGGUGGGGCGAGUCCCCUCCUGGAUCGCCCCCAAUCUAAUCACCAUCAUAGGCCUGGCUACCAACGUCUUCACCACCCUCGUGCUCGUCUACUAUUGCCCAACUGCCACUGAACAGGCUCCUCUGUGGGCUUACCUGCUGUGUGCAGUGGGUUUGUUCGUCUACCAGUCAUUGGACGCCAUCGACGGGAAGCAGGCCAGAAGAACCAAUAGCAGCUCUCCUCUGGGCGAGCUGUUCGACCACGGCUGUGACUCCCUCUCCACCGUGUUUGUCGUGUUGGGAACCAGUAUAGCCGUGCAGAUGGGCACGAACCCGGACUGGAUGUUCUUCUGCUGCUUCGCUGGGAUGUUCAUGUUCUACUGCGCCCACUGGCAGACAUAUGUGUCCGGUACUCUGCGCUUUGGCAUCAUUGAUGUGACUGAGGUGCAAAUCUUCAUAAUAAUCAUGUAUUUGCUGGCCGCCGUGGGAGGAUCUGCUUUUUGGCAGUCACUGAUUCCGGUCCUAAAUAUCCAGAUGAAAAUGGUCCCUGCCAUCUGCACUUUUUUAGGAGCCAUCUUCUCCUGCACCAAUUACUUCAGAGUUAUUUUUACAGGAGGUGUGGGCAAAAACGGAUCCACAAUAGCAGGAACCAGCGUCCUCUCUCCAGUGUUACAUAUUGGUUCAGUCAUAAUUUUGGCAAUGAUGAUAUACAAAAAGUCUGCUGUCCAGCUCUUUGAGAAACACCCGUGUCUUUAUAUCCUGGCGUUUGGCUUCGUCUCGGCCAAAAUCACCAAUAAAUUAGUUGUAGCACAUAUGACAAAAAGUGAGAUGCAUCUCCACGAUUUAGCCUUCCUGGGACCAGGUCUACUGUUCCUGAAUCAGUAUUUCAAUAGUUUUAUUGACGAGUACCUGGUACUGUGGAUUGCAUUGGUCAUUUCCUUCUUUGACUUGGUGCGUUACUGUGUCAGUGUUUGCAACCAGAUUGCCUGCCAUCUUCACAUUUUUGUUUUCAAAAUCAAGCCUUGUUCACUGCUCAGUUCAGCUCCUCACUGAGGACACGCCGGCCAUUACUGACUCUGUCCCUUCCUGUUAGUCGCACUCAUCUUUUACUUCACUCUUUGUUUUCCACGUAGAGAUGCAGGGGAUGACGUGGUGUAAAGUAUGUGCUUCUGCCAACUGAAUGUGAGGACAAAUAAUAUAUAUUAAGAUACUGGAGUAUUACUGUCAUUGUUUCUUUUUCACCAGUGCAGAAUUGAAUUUGUACCAGUUUCAUCCUCUGCCCCCCCCCCCCCUUCCCGCCCCGUUUCCCCCCCCCAAAUAAUAAGAAAUCUCCUUCUGACAAACUCAGAGCAGAUAUUUCAGGAGAGUACAGGUGCUACUCGGUAUGUUCAAGGAGAGAAACUUAUAAAACUUCAGUGUGUUUUAACAGUUCAUGUGCAAAGAAAAAAAAAUGUAUAGGAAAUGAAAUCACACUCUUGCUUUUUCUUGAUUAUAAUUUUUGUAAUAUUUGCAUAACUUUACCUUUUUGCUAUUGUAAAUACCAAACUGUUACGGUGUCCGUGCUUCUCUUUUAAGUUAAAAAACAACAACAACAACAAAAAAAAGAUGAUCCCGCUUUGACACAUUUAUAGAACUCUUCCUUUUUAUGUUUAAUGAUUUUAACUUCUAUCUCCUGCACGUUACACAAAACUGUGCAACUAUUUCACAUCAGCACAACGCGGUUUUGGAGGAAACGUAAAGCUGACUUUGUUACACUUUUUUGUUUCUUUUGCAUAUCAGAAUGUACUUAUUGAACAAACCUGCAAAAUAUUCACUGCCAAUGUUUUACAUGUAGCUUUUUUUCCAACUAUAACCACUUAGGUAAAGGUAUAUGAGGGUUUUUGGGGAGCUAUUUGAGUCAUGACAGGGUUUUUGUGUUUUUUUUAAUGUCAUAUGUUACGUUAUAUGCUCUAUUCAUUAUGGAAUUAAUAGUUUGGUUAAUGGUUCACGGUGUUAAGCUUUCUCUACACUUCACUCUUUUUAAAAUUGUAAAUAGAAAAGGACACACACCUUGCACGUCAGGUCGUCACUCUGCUUUCUAUCGCUUCUUGUCCCUCUUCUCCACGUGCUACUAACCUGUGAUUUGUAUUUGGAUAUGUGGAUCAAGGAAAAAAACAACAACACAUUAAUCAGAUUUCAGCAGGUGUAAAUGACAUCUAUACAGUUUAACACAUUCUUCACAUCACUUCUGAAUGGAGACACAAGUCUGUCAGCUCUCUCUCUCUCUCAGAUUAAGACAUCCAGUCACAAUUUGGACAGUUGAGAUAAUGAGAACGCUUUUAAUUAGCAGGUUUAAGUGUUAAAAUAGCAAACCUGUGAUCAGCAACAUUAUCUAGUUAACGUAUCCACAUACAGAUCACACGUUAAUAACAGGUGGAGAUGAGGACAAAUCAGCUGGUGUUUUUAAUGUUUUUGUUGUCAACAAAUCACGAAAGGUGUAAAACCAACAUCGUUAGUCUGUUUCAGUAGUUUUUGACUUCCAUUCCCUGUCUGUCCCACUCAGCCCUGAUCCCAUUGGUUCCUACUGAAGACGCAUAUCAUUAAAAAUGGUUCAGAAAUAUAUUCUUUAAAUUAAAAAAAAAAAAAAAAAAGACUCCGUAAUAUAUUGUUUUCUUUUAAAAAAGACUCAUUAAUUCCCUAAAACAGAGCUGGGCACUUUAGUUUUAGACAAACAAUACUCAAACUAGAGGAAAUUGUGCAAUUGUUGGGAUCUACUUUCAGCGGUGGAUUAAUCCACAUUUAGUAUUUAGUGAGUGUUUUUGGCAGCUUGAGUGUUUAUAGGAUGUAGAUUAACAAAGUAGCUUCACUGCACAGAAGAAUAAGAUACUGUAUAUUGGGUUUUGGAUACACAGAAUGUAGGUUUUUUUUGUUAGUACGAUCAGUUUGUUGUUGGUUUUUUCGUCUUUUCAUUGAAUUUGUUGACAAGAAAAACAUCAAAUAUCACCAGACUGACGCUGUAAAACCAACGACGACCUGCUGCCACGUCUGUUAUUUAUGUGAACAUCACACUCCUUCCUGCGUUGCCGGUGGCUGCUGCUAUUUCUUCACUUCAAUCACUGUUUUUGAAAAAGUCAUUCACAUUAUUAAAAUCGUUGGCGUUAUGUUUCCCCCAAAACAUAAAACCUGCUGACCUAGAACAGUUGCACGUGCACUGAAUGUGUAGGAAAUGAGGUCACAUGAUGAAAUCACACUUUUUGUUUUUUUCGAGGUGGUAACUGAUGAGAAUCAGAUCAAACUUUGUCUCUGACGGUUAAUAAUAAUAAAAAAAAAUGUUUGUUUAUUUGAAGUGGCUGCUGCUCGCUCUGCCUCCACAUCUACCAACAUCAUCCAAUACUGUUACAGCCUCUCAUGCUGAGUGGGUGUUUACUGUUGCUGCUUCUGAAGAAAACCUGUAGUGAUGGCCUGUAUUAAUGUGGAGAACAUGUCUGUCUUUAACAGGAGAGAUUAGUUUCUUGCUUUUGCAUAUUGUGCCUGUUUUAUUUAUAUUUCAUUGAACAGCAUUGAUCUGCAGAUACUGUAUCAUCCUCUGCAGUUUGUUUAAAAGAAAAAAAAAUGUCCAAGAAGAUCUAUAAUGCCAAGUGUUGACUGUUGUGGGAGUCCUUCAUGUACAAUAACCUCUGAACAGUGUUUGUUUGACUUCACAGCGGUGUAGUCGUAAGCCACAGGUACCUGAACGCUGUUGAGAAAAAGCUUGUUGGUUGUUGAUUUGUAGAAGAAAAGCCUUCCACACAUACACACAAGUGUUAAAGGGUCACUUCACCCAAAUCACAAAAACAUCGGCCCUCUAAUGCCUUGUGAUAUCUUAAGAUGGGAUAUUAGAGGAUCAUUUUAAUUUUUAAAAAAAUUGAGAAAAAAAAGUUGUAAAUAAUGAAAAUAAAGUCUUAAUUUUGAGUAAAAAGUUAUAACAACAAUAAAAGUUGAAAAAAACAAAAGUCGUGACUACAGUCGUAAUUUUUAAAGAGAAAAGUUGUGAUGUUUUGAGAAUGAUGUAAUAUAUUAUUAUGGAGCCACACAAAAAAAAAUCAUGCUAUUAGACGAAAAUGUAAUGUUCAGACAAAAGAGUUGCACUCAUUUUAGAAUAAAGCCAGAAUAGUCUUAGAAAAAGUCAUAAUAUAACAGUAAACUCUAAUUAUUGAGAAAAUAAAUUAAAAUAUGAAUAAAAAUGUGAUUUUUGUUUUACAGGAAAAAAGUUGCAAUGAUUUGGGAAAGAAGUCAUGGAGAUAAAGAUGUAAUUUUGACACAAUAUGAGAAUGAAGUAGUAAUUGUACAGUAAAGAUAUAAUAGUAAUAUAUUCUAAAAGUUGUAAUAUUGAGAUAUAUAAUAUUUCAAGCUGUAAU